GGGCACUGCCCUGGCCCCGUGGCCACGCUGUGGCUGACACAAGCCAGGGGCCUGUGGCCUCCCUGCCCACCUGAGCUCACAGCCAGCCCCAGGUUCUCUCCCUGGCACCAGCUGUGGGUGCAGCAGCCCCUCCCCAGGGCGAUAUUCCCUGGAACACAACCAGCCCCGAGCACAACACCCCGAGGUCACCGCACAAACCCUCCAGACACGGCUGCUGCUGUCCGGGCCCUCCCCAUGUGUGCGGCCAACAAUGAACAACGGGCUCUUGUUCUUCCCCCAGCCUCCCCUCCCAGCAAAGCCGCUGUCCUUCCACCAGCCCCGGCCUCAUCCUGCUCCUGCUCCUCCCUGGAGGCCACGGAGCAGCCCCGGCCCGUGCUGGGAGCGGUUCCUGCCAUUGAGGCCCUGCCUUUGAUGUGGGGCUUUGAGCCAGUUCCUGCAGGGAACAGGAUCCUGAUGGAUCCUUCUGGGGUGGUUUUGGGGCUGGAAUCUUGUUCUGCUCCACACACAGCCAGCCUGCAGGCUGGUGACACUGUGAGCUCCUCGGCUGGUGACACUGGGAGCCCUUCACGGGCUCACUGACCCCCGGUCCAGCCCUCCCAAAGCAGUGCAGACAGCCAAGGUGGCCCCUCGCCAUCCCAACACAGGCAGCUCUCAGCUGGUGCUGACAGGAGCAGCUGUAAGGCUUGGACUGGGUGAUCUGAGAGCUUUUCCAGCCUCAUUCCCCGAUUCCACCCUGCUGACCACCUCCCACGUGCUCCUGCUCCUCUGCUGGCACCGGCACCACCAGGUCCAGGAGCUGGAAAACCUCAUCCCCUGCACGGACCUGGUGGGGUCACCCUGGGGCACAGCACGGCAGGUCCAUCCCUGGGGGCUCCAUCCCCGCAGGUCCAUCCCUGGGGGCUCCAUCCCCGCAGGUCCAUCCCUGCGGGCUCCAUCCCAUCCCCGCGGGAUUCCUCCCUGGGGGCUCCAUCCCCGCGGGAUCCCUCCCUGGGGGCUCCAUCCCAUCCCCGCGGGAUUCCUCCCUGGGGGCUCCAUCCCCAAGGGAUUCCUCCCUGGGGGCUCCAUCCCAUCCCCGCGGGAUUCCUCCCUGGGGGCUCCAUCCCCAAGGGAUUCCUCCCUGGGGGCUCCAUCCCCAAGGGAUCCCUCCCCGGGGGCUCCAUCCCAUCCCCGCAGGUCCAUCCCUGGGGGCUCCAUCCCCGCAGGAUUUCUCCCUGGGGGCUCCAUCCCCGCAGGUCCAUCCCUGGGGGCUCCAUCCCCGAGGGAUUCCUCUCUCCUUGCUCUGCCCCUCUCCUGCCCACCCCAGGAGAGGACAAGGGCAGGGCUGACCUCGGCUCCGCUCCUGUCAGCCCGGGACAGGUCGGACCGGCCCGGUCCCUGCCUGUCCCUCAUCCCACGCUCCGGAGCUGGGAGAUGCCCGGGGUUCAGGAGGGCACGGGGAGCCGAGCCUGCCCUGCUGUCCGGGAAGGAUGGAGGAUGACCUGGUUAUUUCCACACCCCGAAACAACCAACACCCGGCAGGGAGGAGCGGCUCUCCCCUCCCGCUCUGUGCAGCUCCCGGAUUCAGGAGCCAGCCCCAGUUUCCAGCGUGGGACGGGGCAGCUGAGGCACACCUGAGACUCCGGGAAUUUUCCGCUGUGUCCAGCCCACAGCACCACGGAGCCGUUAUCCCAGCGCUGCCUGCAGGACCCCGCUCCCGGAGCUCUCUCGGUUCCCGGGCCCGGGAGCUCGGCAGCCUCAGCCACGUGUGGACCUUGGCCGGGGCCGCCAAUGUGUCCGGUUUGAAGCAGUUCCCAGAGCAGGGGAAGGGCUCCACCAUGGGAAACUUGGACAUGGAGCGGAAAGCGUCCUACGAGGAUGUGUCUGGGGAGCCUGGGGGUCUCGGGGGGGUGGUCAGCACCAUCUCCAGCAGCAGGAGCCCCCUGCAGCCCCCCGACACCGACGAGGGGGAGCCGUUCACCACCUACUUUGACAGCAAGAUCCCCAUCCCUGACGAUGAGACGCCCCGAAACCGGGUGGGCACGGGGGACCCCGAUACCGGGUGGGCACGGGAGCCCCGAUACCGGGUGGGCACGGGGGAUCCCGAUACCGGGUGGGCACGGGGGCAGAGGUACCGAGAGAGAUUCGUGUCGAGGCUUUGCUGA